GCAGAAUAUGCAAUGUGUUUGCACUCAUCUCCUUAAUUCAGGUUUAAGUGCAUUCCCCCCCCCCUUUCAUUGUAUCAAAAUAAAUGCUUACUGUAAGGUUUUCAGGGACUAUGGCUAAAAGGCACAAUGUUCAAAUCAACUAUGCAAACUUCAAUAUUGCUAUUAAGGAGAAGCUUGGGAUCAAUUCCCCAACCAGCUUAAAUGAUCUCAGUGCCCUCUGGAAAAUCUGUGAUGCAUUGAAGGAUGGCUCCUGCCAUUGUUCCCAACUCACUGUGCACCACAAGAAAGGGGAGGUCAUUGGCAAGCCACACAAGAAGUGUGGUGAUACAGGUGUGCCACACAAAUGCAAGGGCAAUGGCAAGGAGAACACAUGUCUGAGGAAGCAAGUACAAGCAUUGGGAUUAUCUACACAAGCUCCGAAGAGUGCAGAAUUUGUGGAGAUGACAGAUGAGGAUGACACCAGCAAGGAAGAAGUUUAAUUG